AGAUUUCCUUCAUUCAGUGUUUAUCCGCCGCAGAGAGAAUUCAUACGCUUCAGGACUCGAGGUGGCCCCUUCGUUUAUACCCUUAACGCAAUUAAAUGUGCCUGUUUACCAGAGGAAAGGCACACUUUUAUUGUAAGCUGUAACCUGCGCAACAGUUAUGGUAACUGAGAGAGACUGUUUUUCAACGUCGUCGUGCAUAACCUAAGGGCAACAAUGGAGACUGACAACGUGUCUCGGCGAACCCGGAGAGCCUGCAAAAGAACUGGUUCUCAAGAUGCAGCCACAAAAAGGGAAAAAUCUCGCGUUCUUCGGUCGUUGAGUGUUGGAAACACAAACGAUUAUGAUGGCAUGGUAGAAGACCUGGAGCGUCUUAAAAAUGGGAACCUGGAACGCAAAGUCAUGUCCCCGCGCUACAGCCUGCUCCGCGAGGUUGGACGGGGAAGUUAUGGCGUGGUUUACGAGGCCAUAGCCAGGCGCUCUGGUACAAGAGUAGCCAUCAAGAAACUUCGGUGUGACGCCCCAGAAAAUGUUGAACUUGCCUUGGCCGAAUUCUGGGCGCUUACAAGCUUAGAAAAGAGACAUGAGAAUGUGGUCCAGCUGGAAGAAUGUGUACUUCAAAGGAAUGGAAUGGCCCAAAAGAUGAGUCAUGGAAAUAAGCAUUCCAAGCAAUAUUUGCGCCUGGUGGAGACUUCAUUAAAAGGUGAGCGGGUGCUGGGCUACCCGGAGGAGUCGUGCUACCUGUGGUUCGUGAUGGAGUUCUGCGAGGGCGGCGACCUGAACCAGUUCAUCCUGUCGCGGCGUCCGGACCCCGACACCAACUCCAGCUUCAUGCGCCAGCUGAGCAGCGCCGUGGCCUUCCUGCACCAGAACAGUAUCGUGCACCGCGACCUCAAGCCCGACAACAUCCUCAUCUCGCAGCGCUCCGGCACACCGGUGCUCAAGGUGGCCGACUUCGGCCUCAGCAAGGUGUGCGCGGGCCUGGGCCUGACGGGGGGUGGGGGCGGGGGGCGCGACGCGCCGGGUGGCACCGCAGGAGGAGGACGGUGUGACGACGACGCGGUGUCCGAAAUGGCCGCCAGCGUCGGCCCCCGGGGACGCAGCGGCGUGAACGUCAACAAGUGCUGGCUGUCGUCGGCGUGCGGCUCGGACUUCUACAUGGCGCCGGAGGUGUGGGAGGGGCACUACACGGCGAAGGCGGACAUCUUUGCGCUGGGCAUCAUCAUCUGGGCCAUGGUGGAGCGCAUCACCUUCAUCGACGCCGAGAGCAAGCGCGAGCUGCUGGGGACGUACGUGCGGCAAGGCGCCGAGAUCGUGCCGGUGGGCGAGGCGCUGCUGGGCAACCCCAAGAUGGUGCUGAGCAUCCCGCAGCGGCGCCGCUCCACCAUGUCGGACGGCGUGAGGCAGCUGCUGCACGACAUGCUGGCCGUCAACCCGCAGGACCGGCCUGACGCGCUCGAGCUGCACAACCGGGUCGGACAGGUCACCUGCGCCGCCUGACCCUCGCUGUGGACGCAGCUCACCACCCCCACCCCCACACUCACAGAUUUCCCUUCGUCUGAGCCCCACUUCUUUAAAAGACUGCUAUUUUUUUUGUGUUGAAACUGUGAAGCCCCAUCAACGACCAUCGAUAUAAUGUGAAGAAAAGAGGUUCCACAUCUUCCCAAGACGAGAGAUUCCAGGGAUCAUCUUUUUCCUUUUUGUUUUUCAUUUUGAGCCAUCAUGAUGUUUUUAUUUUUCAUUUUCAUUUUUUUUAUUAUAGGUGUCAUAGACUUAAGGAAUGUCAACCCUUUUUGUUCCUCCCUGUUUGUUUAUUAUGUUCUCUGUCUGGUUUCAGGAAGUGGUGGUUACCAUGGUUAUUGUACGGUUCGGGGGAGUGGUGGUUAUUGUAUGCUUUGGGCAUAUUGAUGUCCUGUCAUACCUGUUCAUUCCACAGCUGGAUGAGUGCAGGGUGCCAGCUGCUCGCUGUAGCUUGUAGAGCCUGUGGCGAUGUGUGUGUGUGUACCAACAAGCCCGCCACCCCGUAUAGCGCACUAGGCCCAAGGCUGGCUUUGCCCAGAUUAAAUCACAAAUCUCACCUGUUCACUGAUACACACGGGCACAUACCAAGCAGUAGCAGCGCCCCUAUUUUGACAGAGCUCGUUUGGCGUUUGGCCCUAAGGCUUCAUAUUCUGACUGUGAAUUGAUGGAAACAAUCUGGUGGUGAUUUUACACAUGGUCCCCCAUCCAAUGAUGGGAAUUAGCUCAUAGCUGUGUUAGCGUUAAUGUUAACUAAUUCCGGGUCGCUCAUAAAAAACACUAUUCUCCGAUUUUGUAUACCACCUUUGUGCCUUGAAUUCUGACUCAUUUUGAAAUUAGUUUCAAAGUUUUGAGAAAAAGAAAUCUUCCAUCGGUUGUUGUCUUGCUGUGAAAGUCCAUUUUUGUUAUCACUCAUCAUGUCUUCCCCCUUUGGUAGAGUGCAGUGCAAAACACCAGGUUGCCACGGCGAUUAUAGUGAGAUUAUUUUCGGAAAAGAGACAGCCCAAAGAAAUGUCUUUUUGAAUGAUACCAGUUCACCUUAACAUUGAUAUGACCCGAGUUUUUUGUUAUCGUUUCAUAGGAGAAUGUGUCAAUGUUUUUGUCAUUUAUCUCUAUUUUGCAGUAUUCACUGAUUAAAUGAAUCAUGUUUUUGUUGUGAAGGAGAUUCAAUGGGCAGAAUCUCCCAUCCCUCUUUGAUUUACAACACAACGAUUUCUGAGAUCAGAUGACGUCUAGAAGUAUACUCUAACUAAGAUGUAGUAAUGAUCAGAUGACUUCUAGACGUAAACUCUAACUAAGCUGUUGUAAUGCUGCUCCAUUUGAGAAGAAUCAAACCCCCUCAGUGUUGUUGCACAUAAAUCAAAGUUCAUUGAGAUUAUUUUGCAUUUCGGUGUUUCUUUUUUUGCCAUAUCCUUAUUACAAAACGUAGUCACUAGUGCCAAAGACCAGUUGAAAAAGGACACCCACAGUUCCCCUUUUGAAUGGACAUAAAUAGCGUAUCUGUAAAUCAGUUUAACUGAAAUCUUGAUCUCCUCCAUCUCCCUGGCUAGGUUUCCUGUUGUAGAGACCUCAAAGUGAAUCGAUGUCGACGUCAUGGUUGCCUGAACUAAUGGCUAUAGAAGUGUGUUAGUUCACCUGUCUGAACUAAUGGCUAUAGAAGUGUGUUAGUUCACCUGUGUGCACAAGUAAAGUGUGCACCGGUGUUAAGCUUAAGUGUCCGUGUGACUAUCAUUGCAUCACCAGCGCACAUCACUAAGAAUCAUAACCAGUGUUUUGUGUGGUUGGCAUAAGGCAUAGUUUAGUGUGUUGUUCUACCUCAGUGUUUGGUUGGCUUGAGAUUGACUCUCGCUUCUUGUUUUGGGUGAUUUGUUGGAGUAUUGUGAAAGCUGAAUGGGUUGGGAUUGGGUCGUGGGCUUAUAGGAAACUUUACUGGGAUGGGGCAGAACAACAGAGAGAGAAAUUGUGUUUAUGUUAAUACAGUGUUCUUUUAUGUGUGAUACUACCUUUUAACACCUUUUUCUCUUUUUUACCUUUUUUAAUACUUUUUGGUUUGGGACGCAAGAAGGCAGAAUGCUAGUUUUUGUGUGCCACUCCCCGCCAUUGUUUUUAAGUCAGUGUUUUAGCGUAAAUUUGAAAACUGUAUUUUGGGUUUUGUUUAUCCGUGAACCUCCAAUUCUGGACUUAAAAUGUAAUUAUACCAGUUUUUUUUUUUUUUACAUCAAACAUAAGGAAGAGAAUAUUAAGGGUUUUGGUUUGUUGAACAAGGAUGGCUCUCCUUGUGUGUUUUUGUUUUUUGUUUUUAAACUGUACCUUGUGUUAAGUUUCUUCCUUUUAACUUUUCUUCCUGGAUCAUGUUCUGUUGACUAAGCUAGUUGCAUUACAAGUACGUACCUCAUGUUUCACUACCCGUUUUUCUCUGUGUUUGCAGUGGACCUUUGAGAAGAACUAAUACGUUUCCUGAACUAGUGUCUUCACAGCUCCUGGAAACCAAAGGGACCAUUACCUUAGUUCUUGUUUAUGGAAAUGGGUUUUUAUUUGACCUUUUUUUUUUUUUUCAUUUGAGAUGUGUUUCGAGUGGACAUGGGUAUGCUUUGUUUUUUUUUCUCCAUAGACUGUGCAUGUUGUUGGGGAUGUUGAACAUUUCUUCGGUAUUGAAAUACUUAAAAUUGCUUUUUUUACUAUGUUUUUUUUAUGUACAUAAUGAAGUGAAAACUCGUUCAUCCAAACCUGAA